AGUGUUAAAAUCCACCCAGCGAGGCACUACGAGAAGGGAAACGUUCAACUCCGCGAAGUGUUGAAAAGCAUAACAGCAACACUUUGACACCUACACGAAGACGCUUUUUACAACGUGGCAACUUGUUGCUUCUCUUCGGCAACCUUUGUCAUGCGAUUAUUUUCCCACCUGAGUGGCUAACAUGACAUAAACUCGACAUCCGAAAAACUGUGGCUUUUCGGCCAUGAGCUGCCGGGUGUGGACUGUGAUAAUGAAGCCUGGAAGUGGCCUCCUCUCGCCGCUUUGGACAAGCCGGCGCUCAGGUGUCUCGUCCGGCUACAACCGAUUGAUGGAGAGGCGCGCACACCCGUGACAGCAGCCGGGAUUUGAGACACUUUUUGGGGGAAGGGGAUGCGAGGGAGGCUCUAAAGACCGAGAAAGAGUGAGCGAAAUUGCUUCUUGUCGGUGGCCGGAGGAGCCAUGGCCUCGGAGGUCGUGUGUGGGCUGAUCUUCAGGCUGCUGCUGCCAGCCUGCCUUGGGGCCGCUUGUCUCUUCAGGUACAACGUCCUGUCCUUCAUCUACCUCAUCUACCUCCUGCUUAUUCCCCUCUUCCCUGAGCCCACGUGUACCACCAUGCAGGGCUACACAGGGCGUCUGCUGCAGUCACUGUGCUUUACCAGUUUGUCCUUUCUGCUGCUGCACAUCAUCUACCAGAUUACAGUCAACAGCCUCCUGGCCGGCAGCGCCAUCGACCCUGACUUCAACUGUUCUGCGUGGGAGAAAUCCAUCAGACAAAUUGGAUUUGAGAGCGUGAUCGGUGCGGAUGCGGGGAACGGCAUCAGAGUGUUCGUACCAGAUAUCGGCAUGUGCGUGGUGGGCGGGGCCAUCUGGUUUCUGUGUCGCAGUCUGGUCCAGAAGAGGCCGCCCGAAGACAUGGCUCAGGACAACGCUCAAUUCCAAGCGGAGGAGCAAGAAGAAGACGAAAAGCUGAGCUUGGAAGAUCACAUUCUGCUGGAGGAGGACUCUGACGGAGGCUACGAGGCCGAGGAAGACGAGGAGGAUGAGGGUGAGGAAGCGGACGAGGAAGAGGAAGAGGAGGAAACCAGGGAGAGCAUCAAGAGGAAAAUUCUGCAUCUGGUGGCGGAGGUGGCGUCCAAAGUGAAGGAGGUCAUCGGGAACCUGAUCACGACGGCGGGGAAGGUGGUGGUGACCAUCUUGUUGGGGACCACAGGGAUGAUGCUGCCUUCCCUCACCUCGGCAGUCUACUUCUUCAUCUUUCUCUUCCUUUGCACUUGGUGGUCCCUACGCCGCACCUUUGACACGCUGCUAUUCAGCUGCAUGUGCGUGCUGAUGGCCAUCUUCAGCGCCGGGCACUUGGUGGUUCUCUACCUCUACCAGUUCCAGUUUUUCCAGGAGUCCGUCGCACCAGAAGACGGCUUCAUCAGGUACUUCGGCAUGUCACCCGUUAUUCAGAGCGACUGCGGCCGAACGUGGAAGCUAAUUGUGCACCCCAAGCGCAAGUGGCACCACUUUGUCAAUCCUGUCAUGCUGCUGCUGCUCUACUACACGUUGGCCACUCUCAUACGCCUCUGGCUGCAGGAGCCCAUCGAAGAGCUUACCGACGACGAGGAGGAAGACGCGUGCGAGGAAGACGAGCUGGUCGGAAACGGGACAAAUAACUCCGCCAACAGGAAGAGGCAGAUGUGGUGGGAGUCCCGGCAAGGCACUGAUCAGAAAAAUCUGCUCUCUACCCAGGAUGCCAUCAGCACAACAGAGGUUGUGCUGGCCUCCAACGGAACAUCCUUUGACUUCACGGUGACUGACAACGGUCCACGCUAUCUGGACUUGUAUUCCACCCCUCAAUACAAAGGCGAUCAGUCCGUCAGUCAUUGUAAAGAGAAGGAGGACAUAUCUGUAUAUGAGGUGAGUCUUCCUCCAGAGGAUGAGGCUUCGCCUUCAAGAGAGGACAAGUCUGAUGGAAGUGAAGACGCCCUGAGAAAGCGUGGUGUGGGUGCAAUGGUCAAGGUCUUCCAUUUCAUCAUGAAGCAGAGCUACAUCUGCGCACUAAUCGCCAUGAUGGCAUGGAGUAUCACAUACAUCUCGUGGCUAACAUUCGUCUUCCUCAUCUGGUCGUGUAUGCUGUGGAUGGUCCGUGACCGGCGACACUAUGCUAUGGUGUCGUCGCCGUUCAUGGUGGCCUACGGCAACCUCUUGAUAGUGCUGCAGUACUUCUUCAGCUUUGAAGGCAUCUCGCACGUGCCGGGACUUUCCGUGCCCAAGAAAAAUCACUUUCACUCCAUUUCCUCCAAGGUGUUGUGUCUGCUGAGCUUUUGGCUGCUGCUGAGGCAGACCCUCACCGAGAAGUUAGAGAAACAAAAAGAAGUUGAGGCAGGUCUCUUAGGCAUUCAAGUAGAGGACCAAAAGAUAAAAGAGAAAGAGGAGUCUAAGGCAGAAGAUGAGCAGGAUGUCAUGCAUGUGGUGGGAAACCUGGUGAUGGCCCUGCUGGUCAAGUAUUGGAUCUACAUCUGUGGUGGCAUGUUCUUCUUCGUCAGCUUCGAGGGAACAAUUGUCAUGUACAAGAUCAUAUACAUGAUGAUGUUCCUUUCUUGCGUGGUGCUCUAUCAGGUGCACUACGAGUGGUGGCGAAAACUACUGAAGUACUUCUGGAUGUCAGUGGUUAUGUAUACCAUGCUGGUCCUCGUGGCUGUUUACACCUUCCAAUUCAGGCCCGAUUCAGCUGAGGACAAAGACAGUUUCAAAGACCUGGGCCUUGAGAAGUUCUCGGUCUCUGAGCUGUUCACCAGGAUUUUUAUACCCACUUCCUUCCUGCUCGUGUGCAUCCUGCACCUGCACUACUUCCAUGAACGUUUCCUGCAGCUCACUGACCUGCAGGCUGUGGUGGCCAAAGAAGAGAGCACCAUCUAUAGCCAUGCUAAAGUCAGCGGGCGUGUAUAUCUGAUCAUGAAUAGGCUGGUUCACCCCGAAGGCAGUUUGGCCGACCUCACCAUGCUAAGCGCAAGCUCUGCGGAAGCCUCGCUCUCCCGUAGCAAGGAGUAUGAGCAGGAGGCGAAGGGCGAGCAAACCUUAGUGGUGGUUGAAGACGAUUCAGCCUCUUCGGCCGGCGGUACCAAGCCCGGCAGCCUCUCCGAUGCCAGGCAGUCCAGCACGGAUGACAGUCAGCGUUUCAGCAUGGGCACCGAACCAGAACCAAGCACUGAGCAGAGCUCUGACCUGAAGAGCAAAUGGCACCUGGUGGUGGACCGACUGACCGUACUCUUCCUCAAGUUCCUCGAGUAUUUCCAUAAACUGCAGUUGUUCAUUUGGUGGCUGCUGGAGAUCCAUAUCAUAAAAAUUGUUUCCUGUUACAUCGUGUUGGUCUCCCUCCGAGAGGUGUCCUUGCUCAACUAUGUGUUCCUGGCGUCGUGGGCCUUUGCGCUCCCCUUCAGCCAAUAUCGCCUCUUGGCGUCCAGCGUCUGCAGCGUCUGGACGUGUGUCAUCAUUGUGUGCAAGAUGUUGUACCAGCUCAAGUCCAUCAAGCCUCUCAAUUACUCCAAGAACUGCACCAUGCCAGCGGGCUACACCAGCGAGCAGGAGAAGGAAAUGCAGGGCUCUCUGCUUUACAGUGGAUCGGUGGAUCCUGCUAACUGGGUGGGCCUCGACAAGAAUGUUGACCUGCUUGGCUACAUCAGGCACAACCUCCUGAUCCUGGCCCUGCUAGCGUUCGAGGUGACCGUAUACCGCCACCAGCUGUACUUUCGUCUAAGAAACAAGCUGUCGCCUCCCGCCGCCCGCAUCAUCUUCCAUGACGUGACGCGCCAACACCUGGACGUGGGCAUCGUGUGCUUUGUCAAAUACUUCAUCAACUACUUCUUCUACAAGUUUGGACUGGAGACUUGCCUGCUGUUAUGCGUGAAUGUGAUUGGCCAGCGUAUGGAUUUCUACGCCAUGUUGCACGCCUUUGCCCUCAUCACGGUCAUGUACCGGCGCCGUAGGAAGGCCAUCGCUGAAAUAUGGCCCAAGUACUGCUUCUUCCUGGCCUGUAUGCUGACCUUCCAGUACUUCGUCUGCAUUGGGAUCCCCCCUGCUGCCUGUAAAGACUAUCCCUGGAGGUUCCCGAACUCCACUACCGACUCCAACGUGGUCAAGUGGCUUUACGUUCCCGACUUCCUGUCCAGACCCAAUCCGUCCUUUCUCAUCUAUGACUUCAUGCUGUUGCUGUGCGCCUCCAUGCAGAGGCAAGUGUUUGACGAUGAGAACAAGGCGGCCGUGCGCAUCAUGGCCGGCGACAACGUCGAGAUCUGCAGGGACCUGGAUGCAUCUUCCUUCAGCGUGCACAACCCCGUACCUGACUUUAUCCAUUGCAGGUCCUACCUGGACAUGCUGAAGGUUAUCAUGUUCAGCUACCUUUUCUGGUUCGUGCUGACCAUCAUCUUCAUCACUGGCACCACGCGCAUCAGUGUGUUCUGCAUGGGCUACCUAGUGGCCUGCUUCUACUUCCUGCUCUUUGGCGGAGAGCUCCUGCUGAAGCCCAUCAAGAAGAUCCUCCACUACUGGGACUUCCUCAUAGCCUAUAAUAUCUUUGUCAUCACCAUGAAGAACAUUUUGUCUAUCCUGGCUUGCGGCUACAUCAACUCUCUGAUCACCAACAAGUGCUGGCUCAUCCAGCUUUUCAGCCUGUCUUGCACCAUCAAGGACUACAACUUAAACACCAACCAGGACCAUCUCAGUGUCGACCAACGUUGCGAACUGCCCAAGGACCAGGCGGGCAUCAUCUGGGACAGCAUCUGCUUCGCCUUCCUGCUGCUGCAGCGGCGGGUCUUCAUGAGCUACUACUUCCUGCAUGUGGUGGCCGACAUUAGAGCUUCGCAGAUCCUCGCCUCCAGGGGGGCGGAACUAUUCCAGGCCACUAUCGUGAAGGCGGUCCGGGCGCGACUGGAGGAGGAGCGCAAAUCUGUGGAGCAGCUCAAGCGACAGAUGGAGCGCAUUAAGGUGCGACAGCAGAAGUUCAAGCGUGGCAAGGAGAAGAUGCUGAGCAUGGUGCAGGAGUCUGUGGACGGACAGACGCUUGCCCCGCCCCCUACCGAGGAGGACGAGGGAGCGCAGCGAGCCAAAGCCAAGACCAAAAAAAAGCACUGGUGGAGGCCGUGGGUUGACCAUGCUUCUAUGGUGAGAAGCGGCGAGUAUUACUUGUUUGAAACUGACAGCGAGGAAGAAGAAGAGGAGGAGGAGAUGAAAGACGAGGAGCUGCCAAGGAGGUCCGCCUUCCAGCGAGCUAUCGGGAAGUUUGUGUCGGCCAUUCUGGCUUUGCCCAAGUCUGUCAUAAAGCUGCCUAAAACUGUACUUCAGUAUGUAGUGAGGGCAGGAAAGUUCCUCUACCAGACGUGGAUCAAAGACCCUAAAGCAGCUCUGAAAGCCAGAGCCAAGCAGAAACGCAGGUUCUGGAAGAGAUACACCAAAGGUGUCAGAAGCAAGAAAAACAAAAAGAAGGAAGAACAUGUGGGUAUCGAGGUGGACGAGCUUUCGGAGAGCCUAGAUCAAGAUGACAACUCCGGUCCAGACAACAUCUUCAAGCGUGUGUUCAACAUCAUCAAGUUCACGUGGGUGUUGCUGCAGACCACCGUAGACAGCUUCACACGCUGGAUGAACGAAGUCUGCCGGGAGUACAUUGACAUCUCCACCGUGCUGCGAAUCGAGCGCUGUAUGCUCACCAGGGAGGUCAAGAAGGGCAACGUGCCGUCCCGGGAGAGCAUCCACGUAUACUACCAGAAGGCCAUGCGGCUCAGCAUGUCACGGCAGGCUAGCGUCGACCUGCUCAGCGAUGACGAGUCGGCGGGGGGCUCGACAAGGGUUCGACGGAGGCGGAGAGGCUACCCCAUGGAGAGCCAGGCCUCUACGGCCUCCAGGGACAGCAUAUCAAGCGCAUACACCGAAGCCACCACCUUGUUUUCCCGUCAGUCUACACUGGAGGAUCUGGACGGGAUGCCCGAAUGCAUCCCAAAAACCAGCGAGCGGGCACGGCCCAAACUACGCAAGAUGUACAGUGUGGACAUGUCCAACUCAUCCAUGGAGAGCGGUAGCAGCUUCGUGUCCAGACAGGGCACAGCGGAAACCAUAGAAGAAGAAGCUGAGGAUGAGCGGGAUCAUCGGGAGGAUGGACGGCAUCUUCCUCUCAAAUCCCAGGAUUUAGAGGAGCCCGAGGACGAAAGCGAGGCCUGCGGCGGAUCUGAGGCGGAAGAAGUCAAGGCGGAAACGCAAGAGGGACAGGAAGUAGAACACAUGGAGGGGUGUGUUCUGAGUGAUGACGGACAGGAAAUGGAACCUGAGAGGAGUGUUAUCUGGGGGUCUUUCACUCAAGAUGAAGCGCCUUCUAGUGAGGACGGAGGAGGGGAAGGAGGAAGUCAGAAGGACUUCCCCCAGGCCGAGAUGCAUGCCGGGGGUCUCACGUGCACUCCUGACACGGACGCUUCCAAGACAUCGGACGGUGACGUGCCGCCCAGCUACAGCAAGGCAGUCAGCUUCGACCGGUUGGAGAUGAGCGACGACGACAGUGACGUGGACAAGAGACGACGGCGCAUGCUCAUGACAUCAGACAGCCGCUCGGACAGCAGGUCCGACAUCAUGCUGCCCUCCAUGACCACCGAGUUGACCGCUAGCGAGCUGCUCCUCAAUAAGAUGUUCUACGACGAGGAACUCGACCAGUCGGAGAAGUUUUAUCAGAGUCAGCCGCUGGUGUUGCAGCUCUGCUAUGCACUUUACAACAUGCUGGUGGCACACUCUGAGAUGGUGUGCUUCCUGGUCAUUAUAAUCAACCACAUGUUGUCAGCCAACUUUGCUACACUGGUGCUUCCUGUCACCAUUUUCCUAUGGGCCAUGCUCUCGGUGCCACGGCCUAGCAAGCGUUACUGGAUGACGGCAAUUGUCUAUACUGAGGUCACCAUUGUCAUCAAGUAUUUCUUCCAGUUCGGCUUCUUCCCUUUUAACCAGAACCAGAAAUAUGAGAAGGACAAUCCAUACCAUCCGCCCAACAUUAUUGGCGUGGAGAAGAAGGAGGGCUACGUCCACUACGAUCUAGUACAACUCCUGGCGCUAUUCUUCCACAGGUCCAUCCUGAAGUGCCACGGCCUGUGGGAUGACGACAACCCCAAGGAGAGGAGGGAGGCGUCUCGCCAGAGCGAGUCGGAGGAUGAGGGGAGCCGCAGAGAUGAGAGCGGGAGGGAGUCGGGACCCCCCUCCACCGCCGCCAGCACUGUCUCUUCAGGGGUACGCGAGCGGCGGGGCUCUACGCAAACAUUGCGCUCCAUCAACUUCGGCAACUCCGUGGACUCGGACCAUGUACAGCUGCACCACCCGCAGCAGCCCACCUACCAGCAGCGGCGCACCAGCUCCGGUGGGGCUUCGCAUAUCUCGCACAGAUCCCUCCACUCAUCAGCUCGAUCCAAGCGAGGAAGUGUCGCCUCCCAUGGCAGCAGUCACAAGGAUGGCAGUGAAGCAAGUGUUCAUCAGAAGAGCAAGAAGCAGAUGAUCCUAGAGAAAUUGAAGGAGCAGGUGUACAAAGCCAGAGCUUUCGUCGUCAACAAGUUCAUGGACAUUUACGUGCCCAUGCGUCAAUUCUUCUAUGAUCUCAUCCAUCCCGAGUACAGCGCCGUGACAGACGUCUAUGUGCUCAUGUUCCUUGCCGACACUGUGGACUUUAUCAUCAUCGUCUUUGGAUUCUGGGCUUUUGGCAAACACUCGGCCGCAGAUAUCACGUCAUCCCUGUCGGAGGAUCAGGUCCCUGGACCUUUCUUGGUGAUGGUCCUAAUUCAGUUUGGGACGAUGGUGGUGGACCGGGCCCUCUACCUGCGCAAGUCUGUCAUGGGCAAGGUCAUCUUCCAGGUCUUACUGGUUUUUGGCAUCCACUUCUGGAUGUUCUUCAUCCUACCGAGAAUCACCGAGAAGCGUUUCAACAACAACAAUGUGGCACAGAUGUGGUAUUUUGUCAAGUGUAUAUACUUCGGGCUGUCAGCCUAUCAGAUCCGUUGCGGGUAUCCCACUCGCGUGUUGGGGAACUUCCUCACCAAGAGCUACAAUUACGUCAACCUCUUCCUCUUUCAAGGGUUCCGAAUGGUUCCUUUCCUGACGGAACUGCGUGCCGUGAUGGAUUGGGUGUGGACGGAUACGUCCCUGUCUCUAUCCAGCUGGAUCUGCGUGGAAGACAUCUACGCUCAUAUUUUCAUCCUAAAAUGCUGGCGAGAGUCAGAGAAGCGCUACCCUCAGCCCCGAGGCCAGAAGAAGAAAAAGGUUGUCAAAUAUGGCAUGGGCGGCAUGAUUGUUAUGCUGCUCAUCUGCAUCGUGUGGUUCCCUCUACUCUUCAUGUCGCUCGUCAAGUCGGUGGCCGGCGUGGUCAACCCGCCCCUGGACGUCUCCUUUGAGAUCACGCUGGCAGGCUUCCAGCCUAUCUUCACCAUGAGUGCGCAGCAGAAACAACUGCAGGAAGUCAAUGAAAAGGACUUUACCGAUUUUGUCAAGCUCUACAAUGAGAAAGAUGAGGCACUGGAAUGGCUGGAGGGGUUCAUGCCAGGCGACCUGGUGAUUGCCGAGCUGAAAGGCAGCUCCAACUCCCUGUGGACCAUCAGCCCUCCGAGCAGGAGCAACCUCAUCGACAUGCUGCAACAGGAUGAGGAAUUCCCCAUCACCGUGUCCUGGUCGGUGCAGCGCAACCUCAGCUUGGGCGCCAAGGCCGAGAAGGCCUUCGGCAAACGGGUGACCAACCUGGGCGAGGACACCAAAAAUCAGCUGGUGCUGCUCCUCAGCGGAAAUGACAGCAGCUUGCAUGUGACGCUGAGCAACAUCUUCCCGCGAUACAUCAGAGCGCCCAGCGACUCAGACGCAAAGCCAGUUGAGCAGCUGUAUAAAGACAAUAAGAUGCUGAACAUCAGCCUUCGCCUGCAGAAAGACAACACGAGCCAGCGUCAGCCCCAGGAGUGGUGGAUCGUCAACCAGACGGAACGCGGCCCGAUCCCUAGGAAUCAGAACAAAGACCCCCGCCUAGAGCUCUACGUCUUCAGCGACCAAGUCAGCCCGCCCAGCCUCGGCUUCUUGGCCGGAUACGGGAUCAUGGGACUGUACGCGUCAGUGGUGCUGGUGAUCGGUAAGUUCGUGCGAGAGUUUUUCAGCGGCAUCUCUCACAAGAUCAUGUUCGAGGAGCUGCCCAACGUGGACCGUAUCCUCAAGCUUUGCACCGACAUCUUCCUGGUGCGCGAGACGGGCGAGCUGGACCUGGAGGAGGACAUGUACGCUAAGCUCAUCUUCCUAUACCGCUCGCCCGAAACUAUGAUCAAAUGGACACGUGAGAAGAAUCAGUGAGUCGUUUUCUUCUGACUUUUCGAGCACAAAUUUGGGAGAGCGGUACUUUUCACGACAUCUGUCGCUGGAAAAAAAGUUCCCACCUGGGAAGUCUUUUUUUUUUUUUUUUUCUUUUUUUAUUUUAAGUGCUCAAGCAAGGACCUCCGAAAAAGGGCUUUCCACACCAAAUGAGCACAAUUCUUCUUCUCUCUGACUGGAAUGCUUGGAACGGGGGACCGUGCAAUAGUUUUUAAUGACUGAUGUGGACAGGUGCAAACCACCAACAACGUGCAAUGCAAAUGUUGUUGGUGUUUGGGUGAACCACUUCUUUUUCAUGUUUUAUUUGUUUUGCAAGUCUUAACACGCAUACGCCUUUUCUCAGGAAGCGCUCUUCUCAUUUUGAUUCCGUCAUGUGAUCACAAAAUGGGUCGAAUGUUCAUCUGGCGAUGAGAAAACGGCUCACUUUAUUUGCAGAUUAACAUAGUGGGGGAAAAAAAUAGCAAUUCUAAAAAGACUCGUUAGCAUAUUUAUGAGUGAGCGUUACUGCUUAAGACAUUGUAUGAACAUUUUUAAUGAUUUUGUUGCAGCAAGUUAACCCUUUAUAGGGCAAGUGACUGUUUUUUUUUUAGUAAUUUAAAAAAUAAUAAUAAUUACUUGAUGUCCACAUAUGUGGACAUCACAUUUAGGGUCAUGUAUGCCUCAAUAUUAACAUUUGGUAGCUAGGGGUGGGAACCUCUGGGUAGCUCACGAUACGAUACGAUUUGCGAUACAAGGCUCAUGAUAACGAUGAUCUCACAAUAUGGCGAUUUAACAAUUAUCGACACAUCGAUCAGGAAAUAAUUCUACGAUAAUUUUCCUAUACAAGUAAUAAACAGAAAAACAAGCUCUUUUCAUCCUUCUUCUGUAAAUUAUUCAGACGUCCAAUUGAUUUGAACUGGGAGGGUGCCACGUCUCCCACUUCGCAAACAGAUUGGAGGUCAAUGACACCCAAUGAGUUAAAUUUUGGGGCAUUUCAGAUCAUUUGCUGUUGAUUUUCAUUCACUUCCUGUUGAUUUUACGGGAUUUCUGGGUCACUUCCUGUUAAUUUUGGCGCAUUUGAAUGAAGGCCAAUAGUGUACCGCACAAAUGUUAUUUUUUAGAACAAGAUGUCGCCAUCGGAACACGGAAGUGGGUCCCUAUAGACACGCCCUUGCAUACAAUCCAUGUUAUUUCUGCUUGUUUUCUCUGGUAAUCUUUAAAAAAAAAAAGAACAUUCCAAUCAAACACUGCUGCUAUGGAUCUUGUAGAAACGACUGUAGACAUUAUGACAUCUGCAGGAUGUUUUUUUCAUACGUUUCCCGAGACCAAAAACUCGGAGGAAAAAAUGUGAAGAAUGCAUCAACUAGCGCGGUCGUCCAAAAGACUAGUUUAACGCCAGCAAGGUGAAGCCAUUCAUAUGCAGUAAACAUUUUGUUGGGGACCAUGGUUCUACAGAGGAGGAAGAGUUAAGAAUUUUGAUAUUUUUACUUAUUUUCAGCAUGGCAUUUUGCUGUGCUGCUUCUGACAAUGAAUGACCUGAAAAAAAUUUAAAUUGAUUCUGACUGCCACUGUGACCUUUUCUAUUGUGAAAAAAACAAAAAACCUUUCGUAAGCGGGAAGUAUAAAUAAAUUAUAGAAUUAAGAUUUGUUAUUAAUGAAAAAAUUAAAAAUGUUCGUUGGAUCUCUCUGAGUAGUAUUUGCGAUAGCUACACAAAAAAUAGCAAUGUAAAUCGCCCUCAAGAACUCUCAGAGAUGUAAGACAACCAGAGUAUAUAAUAUAUAAGAAAGACGGGGCAUAUGGUGGUUAAGGAUAUAUUGUUGAAACAGGACAAUGUCAUUGUCAGUGGCAUAAGAAAAAGGUGUCAAUAAAAAUAACUCUCGAUCAGGUCAGCUCUUUUUCCCGUCUUUUUCAGCCCUCGACACUCAAGCCAUCGCUUUAACUGAACAUUUGUAUAUUCUUGCACAUCUUUACCGGUGAAUUUGGCGCCAGGGACAUAAUUUUCAGACAGAAUUGGUAGGUUUAGCUCAGUAAACAUCUCCUUCGUACACUAUUUCCAUGCAUUCACUACUAGGGACAAACGGGAGGUUGACCCGCCUAGCAACAAUUGCUAACGUCAUGAAUAUUGCUGAGCAAGAGUGACGUGUUACAUGCGGUACGCCAUUCCUGUUCAUUUGGGGGCAUUCCUGUUAUGUAACCCAAAAUCAAGAGGAAGUGACCUGUAAAUGUGCUGAAAAUCAGGAAAAACUGCCUGGCCGUCAUGGCAGCCAGUGGGAUAAUGCAGUACUUGGUUUUGCUCCAGCAGUUACUUUUCAAGGAGACAACCUCCCUCGAUCUAUCUAAAGACCGGGGUGAGAUUCUGCAUAACCCAAAAAAAUUGGUCACGCAACAUAAUUAACUACGUAUGUACUUUUUUUUUCUCUCUCUCUCUGAUGCCAAGAGCUACCCACACUAGCGUUGCAAUUGACUGGUCGACCGUGACCAAGGUAAUGGGCACCCCUGACUUGGACACUAUUUUAAUGGAAGAUUUGGGUAGCGACCUGUUGGUUUUUUUUUUUUUUUUUUUUUUUAAAGUGACACCUUUGUAAAACAACAUAUCCAUUCCUGGCGGGAGCAUAUCGAUAAAGUUUUGGGAUACAAAGUAUCACGAUAUGUCACCAUUUUAAUAUUUUGUCACAUCCCUAUUGGUAGCAGUGUUAGAACUAGUUACUGUAAUUUUCGGACUAUAAGGCGCACCUAUAAGCCGCCACCCACCAAAUUUGACACGAAAACGGCAUUUUGUUCAUAGAUAAGCCACACCGGACUAUGAGCAGCAGCUGUCCUCACUGUAUUGUGGGAUAUUUACACCAAAAGAUAUUAACCUGUAACACUGUAUUUGACAGCAGGCAUCAUUAGACUAUAAUAAAAUCAAAUGAAGAGCCACGAAGCUUUGAACCAAUUGGCUCAUUGCUUCAAGAAGCUUCAUUUGGUAAUCACUGCUCCCUUAUGAGAGACAGUCAACCUCUGCUGUCACCUGCUGUCAAAAAUGUUGUUGUUCAACAUGCCUCCUAACAUGCACUGCAGUGCUACAGAUGUAAAAACAAUCAAACUUCAUGUUCUUUGCUAAUUAUUUCUUCAGUUACUGUUCGUUAUUUAAUUAAUUGCUAGUUAUAGUAUUUGGUAACUAUUUAUUAGACAUUGGCGCCAUAAGAUAAUUAUGACACUGCCAUGAGCAUUAAUGAAUGCUUGACUGAUGUCCUUUUGUGUCAUCUGGCAAAUCAUUAAUGCCCAUGAUAGUGUCAUGACAUAAAUAUGACGGUCUUAUGGCCUUCUUAUGAUGCAGCUGUCGAAUAAUUUUUUUAAUGAUUAAACCAAAUAAAUCAACAAAUGAGCCACGCUGGACUAAAAGCCACAGGAUUCAAAAGUAAGGAAAAAAGUAGCGGCUUAUAGUCCUCAAAUUACGAUAUUUAACAAGAUUCUGAACUAAUAAAAUGUUAAUAUCAAAAUUAAAAUGAUUAAAAAUAAAAAAAAACACUACCAAAAUACUGGUAAUGUCUCCAAAUAGCUUUUUUUUUUUUUAGUAUUUAACUCAUUGGCUGCCAUUGACGGCAUUAGAUGUUUAAUCCAUUUUUACUGCGAGGCGUGAAUGAAUAAAAUGGAUUGGACGGGUAGCACCGUCAAUGGCAGACAAAGGAGUUUAAAUUCUCGUAAAUGCGUGGGGGUUUUUUUUGUUUUUUUUUUCUUUUUUGCUCCUUUCUCUUCAAACUUAACAAUAUUUGUACUAAAUUGUAACAACCAAAAAUACUUUGUAUUUAAAGAACAAAAAAAAAAAUGGUUACAUUUCACAAAUGUUUUAAAUUGAUCUGAAACAAAGAAAAAGUGUAUAAAUAUAUUCUUUUAGUUCAGGUUUAUUUUUUAUCGGCAUGUUUUUAUCUUUUAGUGACAUAAUUUAGGAAUCGGUAAAAGGGGCGAAAACAAAAAACUUUAAAAAACAAUGUUUUUAAGAUUUAAAAAACUAACAAAAAUAUAAGCUUAAUUUUUUUUGCUGUUUUUUUAUUUGGCAAUCAUUUUCGAAUGAAAAUAACUGAUCAUGUACAAAAAAAAUGUCUUCUAAAAAUGUUCAAAUAUGACUGAGGCAACUAUGCUUUAUGGCUAUUUUUUUUUUAAAUUCCAUAAAAUGUACACACACUCAGGAAGCACUGUUUUCACACCCGUGUUCUUUGUAUGUUGUUUUGACACGUUGGCUCCAACUAGACUAGAUCUACUUAAUAGAACGGCAUGUCACGUAUGUAAACGUUUACCGCACAGGAGGGUCGAGCUGACGGGAGGAAGGAAAAAAACAAAAAAAGAAAAACUAUGCAUUAAAGGACAUUGUAGCAUGAGAGAAGCACUUCUUCAUUGUUCAUUUUUAUCGCAAAUACAUAAGAGGUCUUAAUAUAAGUGUGAAAUGUGAACGUGUAUGAUCAUAAAGGCUGUGAUGGAGGGGGUGAAUAAAAUGGCGCCUGAAAAAACUUUUUUGAUCUGUUUUAAUUUGGUUUUGGCAUCAGGUUAGAAAGACGACAAAUGUUGUGCUGUACAGAUUCAACGCUGACGUUUAGAGGAGAAGCAAUAGUUCGCAGAAGGCACACCAAAAUGACACUGAUCAAAAACAAAAAUAUGUUGCAUUGAUGCAAACACUUGUUUAUAGACAAGUUUCCUGAGCGAAACGCCAUCUUUGAUCAUUUGUGCUCCGAACUUCCGGUUUAGACAGAACAACAUGAAGUGCGGUUGAAGUAAGCAGUGUGUUGACAAAGUGAAAACUGCAAAAUCAAACCAGAGGAUCCCACGGAAUCUCCGAAUAUGGAUUCAGCACGACGUAGAUGAAACUCCGAGACUUACUGUACUGUGCGUGAACUCCUGGAAGCACAUGGUUGGAAGUAGAAUGUUUUGAACAGCGUCCCGCUUCAAAGCGCCAGAGUGUAUCUACCUCACCAUAUGCCUUUUAAUCAAAUCCAGCUGCAGACAAUAAGGUAAGGAUGUACUUUAAACCUAAGGAUAUACCGAAAAGAUAUGUUUGUUGUUAUCGCUUUGUUGAUCAUUCAUGGACAAAAUUAUAACAUUACCUGUCAGUCUGUGUUGACAUAUUUACAUGUGGAUUAAUACGCCGGCCACUUGAACGACCAAAAUGAGGUGAAAUUACAAAUACCGUAAUUUUCGCACUAUAAGGCGCACCUGACUAUAAGCCGCCACCCACUAAAUUUGACACAA